GAGAGCAUUGUGGUAAAUGUUUAUUGUUGUGCUCCUGAAAAACAAUUGGACGCCGAAAUGUCUAGUUAUUGGCCAAAAAUGGAGCGCACUAUCUGCUCCUGGGAGAAAAUCAAGGCUGAUCAGGACACCGAUACGAUAAUAAUCGAUGAUGAUGAUGAUCUGGAUAGUUCCCUAUGGCGUCGUAGAAUGAAGUCCGAAUCCCCAUCUGAUGACAAGGGGUCCUUUUCCCCACAGGACGAUUUCCCGGAUCACAAACAAGAAGUUCCUCAGGCAGCCAAGCAAAAGACGAAUAAGAAAAACCCCUAUCAGAUACGAAAGGCCAAGGUGAGUCUGGCUCGCUACGUUCUCUCCAGGAUUGCCAAAAACGAGGCGGAGGGCAGGACGCAUCCCAAGGAUGCGCAGGACAAGGCUCGAUACCAGGCGGUAUUGAUGGAAUUCGAACAGUGGAAAGGGAGGAAUAUGCAGGCCAUACAGUCCACGAAACCAAUGCCAAAAAGCUCGGUGGUCAAGAACGGUAGUGCGCCGCCAAAAAGAUCAAGGCGUCCAGGUCGGACCAAAGCUAUAAAGACCGAUGAGGUGGCCAAGGACAAUCUGGUGAUGGCUUUGGUGGACGAGCUGCACGAGGACGGACAGCUGCUCAGUCAAAAAUGGGAGGAGAUCGAGACCAGGCUGGCGAACAUGGUCACGGACAGACUGAUGGCCGUGCCAGAGGGUCCCAUUCCGUCCUUUGACUCGUCCGACGUGAUCCGAGGGCACCGGGUGAUCAGAUGCGACGACGGCUUCUCCAAGAUCUUCCUGGCGGAGUGUGUAGCCACGAUUGCCGACACCUGGGAUGGCCUACGCAUCAGGCUCGUCCACGCCAGUGAGAUUCCAAGGAGGCCGCAUGCCCGCAUAUGGUUGCCUAAGGGUCAAAGGGAUCACAGCCGGAUCUUGAGCUGCCUGAGAGCCCAGAACCUCGAUAUAGACAUGUCGGACUGGAGCAUUGUUGAGGCAGAGGAGAACAUGAAGGCAAGUCAGUCGUUCAUGUUCCUGAUAAACCGGCGCUGUCUUCCGCAACUAGAAGCCGCCGACUACAAGGUUCGCUACGGCAUUCGAAUGGCGAAGGUUAAGGUCAUUUUUGCCGAGACAGACGAGUUGCCAGUGGAGAACGACGAGAUAAAGUCCUGGAGACAUGAAGACGACCUCCCACACUCGAGUAAAUUUCGACGUUUCUCCUAAGAGAAAUGUGAAAUUUUAGACUGGGAGCGAAAAGCCUCAGGCCAAAGCCAUGUUCAAUAUUAAACAGGACAGGUCUAAUUAUAAGGAAUAAUUUCAGUAUCAGUAUUUUGCAACGACUGCAAAAAUUACAAAGCUAAAUGUUUUAUGUGACGGAACAUACAUAUGUACCUAUUUCUACCUUGACAAUGUGAAUUCUGCCAUUAAAUUUCUUUAA